ACUCAUCUCCCUCUUGGGUUUUUUAUUUCUUUUAUUCCACUGCAAAUUUACGGAAUGUUUGAUUUCCAAGUUUUAUCAGCACGUAAAGAAAUUUUAGUACACAGUUGGAAAAAGAAGGAAACAGCGGCUACUGCUGACAUCAAACCAUUAACAGCAAGCAUCAGAUCUUGCAGCCAAAGAGAAGCUUCUCUUUACGGACUCACUACUUCUCUCUCCAGCUUGGUGACCACCGGGAGUUGAUAAACAAAAAUCAGAGAUGAAUUGGCGAAGACUAAAGAAACCAGAGAUAGGAUCAUAAUGAAUGCUCGACGUAUCAGCAUCUUUUUGACUCUAACACUGAUUGCAUCUUUCACAACCCAGUCCCCCAAAGCAUCCGCUGCAGGCCAUGUGUCUCAAGAUUUGAUUGCACGCGAAAAGCUGAGGAGAAUUCUACACCAACCCCUGUACCCAGUGACUUCAGCACCCCCGCCGGAGUCAGUCCCACCACCGCCUUCGCCUCCACCGCCCACACCAGCCAACCCUGAGUUUCCUAAUCCAGACCAGCCCUUUUUCCCUGAAGUACCCACUGGCCCAACACCAGAUCAGGCUCGACCAUCCCCGCAAGCACCGGCAAAUGCGACGGCGGUGCCUAAUCCGGUUGCCACUCCGGCACAGUUGUCCAAGCCGACUAAGAAAGUUGCAAUUGCUAUCUCAGUUGGGAUUGUCACGCUGGGGAUGUUGUCAGCAUUGGCAUUCUACCUCUACAGGCACAGGGCGAAACACCCUGAUGAUUCUCAGAAGCUGGUUGGGGGGAAUUCACAGACGAUCAACGAGGAGUCGCGAUUGCCCCCAUCUACUUUCCUGUAUAUUGGGACGGUCGAGCCCUCAGCGCAAACAUCAGUGAGCGAAACCAAUGCUCCAAAUGGCUCACCUUAUAGAAAAUUAAGUUCAGUCAAAAGAUCCGAUCGCUAUAGGCCAAGCCCAGACCUUCAACCUUUGCCACCGUUAACCAAACCUCCGCCCCCUCCGGCCAUAAAUUCACCACCACCCAUGUCAUCAUCUGAUGAGGAGAGUCAUGACACCGCUUUUUACACCCCACAGGGCUCGUCUGUGAGCAACGAGGAAGGGUCUUAUACUCCCGGUUCCCGUCAGAAUCAACGAAGCAAUAACACUAGCCUGGUGACUCAGUCCAGGGCUGAAACUCAUGUCAAUAGCUCUGUUCCUCAUUCCAAGAGAACAUCACCAAAAUCUCGUCUUCUUGCUUCAUCACCUGAUGUUAGUAGGCAUGCCAUCAUACCUUCAAUCAAGCAGCCUCCAGCUCCUCCUCCACCUCCGCCGCCGCCACCACCACGAAUUAAUCUAGAACAGCCACCUCAGCUAUCUCAGCUUGAGCUCAGCAAACCAGCAAUUCCAUAUGCUCCCAAACGCCCAAAAUUUUCAGCCCCACCUCCACCACCAGACAUGGCCCGGCUCCAACUAAUAAGCAGCCAAGGCCAGGAUACAUCCAAAGCCCCAUUACCACCACCACCACCUCCUCCUCCUCCUCCUCCUCCUCCUCCUCUGCUACUUCCAACACCACGAAAAAGUGCUGCUCCAGCAAUGCACACACCUCCAGUGGCUCCCAGACAACCAAAACUGCGAAAAUCUGGGAGCCCCAGUCCAAAAACAACUGAAGUUGAGAAACUAGGACCUGAAGAAGAAUUUAAUGAUGGUACAAAUUCUUCAGAGAGGCAUGAUGGUGAUGACAUGGAUGGACUGAGACCCAAGUUGAAACCUUUGCACUGGGACAAAGUGCGAGCAACCUCAGACCGAGCCACAGUGUGGGACCAACUAAAAUCUAGCUCCUUCCAACUGAAUGAGGACAUGAUGGAGUCUCUUUUUGGAUGUAAUUCUGCUGCUUCAGUUCCAAAAGAAGCCACUAGGAAGUCGGUCCUCCCUCCAGUUGAACAGGAGAAUAAAGUACUGGAUCCAAAGAAAUCACAGAAUAUAGCGAUACUGUUGAGAGCACUGAAUGUGACAAGGGAGGAGGUUUCUGAAGCACUUAUAGAUGGCAAUCCAGAAGGAUUGGGUCCUGAACUUCUGGAGACUUUGGUCAAGAUGGCUCCAACCAAAGAGGAAGAAAUAAAACUCAAGAACUACGAUGGUGAAUCCUCUAGACUAGGGUCAGCAGAGCGGUUCCUCAAGGCUAUUCUUGAUGUACCAUUUGCCUUCAAAAGAGUGGAAGCCAUGCUAUACCGUGCAAACUUUGAUGUGGAAGUAAACUACUUGAGAAAAUCCUUUCAAACACUAGAGGAGGCAAGUCAAGAACUGAAGAACAGCAGGCUAUUCCUCAAACUCCUUGAAGCUGUCCUCAGGACAGGAAAUCGCAUGAAUGUAGGAACUAAUCGUGGUGAUGCCAGGGCCUUCAAACUUGAUACUCUGCUAAAAUUAGUGGACAUAAAAGGAACAGAUGGGAAGACAACAUUGCUUCACUUUGUGGUCCAAGAAAUUAUUAGAUCAGAAGGUGCAGGUUCUGAGCCAACAAAUGAAAAUAUUGCACAUAAAACAAAUCUGAAAGUCAAAGAGGAUGAUUUUGAGAAGCAAGGUCUGCAGGUUGUUGCGGGACUUAGCAAGGAACUUGGGAAUGUCAAAAAGGCAGCAGCAAUGGACUCAGAUGUUCUCAGCAGUUAUGUCUCCAAGCUAGAAAUUGGACUUGAGAAAGUUAGAUUAGUUUUACAAUAUGAGAAACCAAGCAUGCAAGGUAAAUUUUUUGAAUCAAUGAAGAAGUUUCUAGAAGAAGCAGAAGGGGAAAUUCUCCUCAUUAAGGAUGAAGAGCAGACGGCCUUGUCCUUAGUAAAGGAGGUUACAGAAUACUUUCACGGCAAUGCAGCGAAAGAAGAGGCCCAUCCUUUCAGGAUCUUUGUGAUUGUAAGAGAUUUUCUCUCUAUUCUGGAUAACGUAUGCAAAGAAGUUGGGAGACUGCAGGAUAGAUCAAUAGUUAUGGGUACAGGCAGAUCAUUCAGAAUGCCUGCAACUGCAUCAUUGCCAGUCCUUAGCAGAUACAAUGCAAGACAAGAUAGAAGCUCCGAUGAUGAUAGCUCAUCUCCUUAGGAUUUGAAGAAGGUAGCACAGCAAAGGACAACAUGUUAUGGGUUCAAGCUAGUGACCAAGAAGAUAAGGUGUGAAUUAUCUCAUUACUUCAGCUGUAUUCAGCAUGAAAAGGGCCUUCAUGAGUAUUGCAUGGACAGGGAAAGAUCAACCAAUCUGCUAGUCAACCCUUAAUAUAAGAAUAAAAGACUUGAGCAAAAGCCGAAGCAAAAUAAGGUGCAAUACAAUGACAUGAUACAGUAUCAAGUGCAGUCGAACGCAAAGCAAUUCAGUAGUUUAAGAGAUGAUGGUAAAGGACUGGAGGGACAGCCUAAGUUAUUGUCCAACACAUAUACCAGUAGGUAAGACAUUUUUGUAUUGUAUACACAUAUUCAAAGAAUCAUAAAACGAAAUGCCACGCAAAAUGGUAGUAUUACAUAAACGCAGUUUUGAUUUCAUAAUAAUCAAGCAUAAGAAAAUUCUUUCUGUA